UGUGUGUGUGUGUGUGUGUGUGUGUGUCGAUAGGGAAAGAUAGAAAGGGGCGUGGAUGCUGAAGCAAGUUAAAGAAGUAAAACAGCCUGUCUUCAGAUCUGAGCUGGGGCAAGUGGCAGCAGCGUCGAAGAGGGAGAAGAAACACUAAUCUCUGUUUUAGGUGAUUUACCCCCACUAAAGCGGGACAUUUGACCACCUGUGAACCAUGGAAGAAGACGCGUCCAACGCCGAGAAGAGCAGCGUCACCGGCAGCACCCACACCAUCCCGCAGCUGCAGCCCGAAAACGCGGAGCUCCUCACCCCGAGCUUUACCCCGUCCUCCGCCCCGGCCUCCCCGACCCCGACCAGCACCCUCUCCCGACUGGGUUUCAGAAGUCCCACCAGCCCCACUGCUGCAGUGCCAGGAAGCCCCGUCGACCGCGGCCAGGUGAGCGCCAUCACCGUGGUGGCGCUGCUGGACAAGCUGGUGAACAUGCUGGAGGCCGUGCAGGACAACCAGCAGCGCAUGGAGCAGCGGCAGGCCGACCUGGAGGGCGCCGUUAAAGUCGUGCAAGGUGACGUGACCCGACUGUCCAAGACCCACAUCUGCACCUCCAACAGCGUCAGCAAGCUGCUCGAGCGCUCCCGUAAAGUGAGUGGCAACCUGAAGGAAGUGCGGGAGCGCAUGGACAAGCAGGCGGUCCAGGUGAAGAAGCUGGAGGCGAACCAUACCCACCUGCUGAAGAGAAACCACUUUAAAGUGCUCAUUUUCCAGGAAGACAACGAGAUCCCUACCAGUGUGUUAGUCAAAGACUCCCUUAAGACCCCUCAACCAAGCCAGUAUGAUGCAGACUCCAUCCACCCUACCCCAUCUAUUGCUGGUGCUACUCCAUCUAUUGCUGGCUCUGUUGAUUGUAGCCGCACCCAAGAGGAGGGCCUUCAGACCAUAAGCCUAUCCUCUGAUGAAGAGGAAUAUCUUGCCGCUCACAAAGAGGAGCUGGCUGAGUUUGAGGAAGUAGAUGGUUUGGGCACUUCCCGCCCAUAUGAGAGAAGGGCUGACAAAUUCAAGCGCUCCAGCCUGAAGAAGGUCGAUAGCCUCAAGAAGGCCUUCUCUCGCCAGAGCAUUGAGAAGAAGAUGACCCAGAUCACCACCAAGAUCGUUCCCCCGGAGAAGCGUGAGAAGAUCAAGAAGAGCCUUACCCCUAACCAUCCCAAGAGCCCAACUGCCAAGAGUUCUUCCUUCAAGGUGUCUCCUAUGACCUUCAAUAUCAAGAAAGUCAGAGAUGGGGAAGUACCCACACAAGAUGUGGUAUCACCUGUGGAAGACGACGCCCAUGUGGAGAUUACUGCUCUGGGAAGCUUGGAUGGAGAUGAAGAGGUUCCCCUUGCAGAGGUGCAUACCCAAGAAGGCAUGGUUGCAGAAAUUCAGGAGAUGCUAAGUCCUUCCAACCUAGAUGGAAUAAAGGCAGAGCUGGCUAUCAAUGGAGAGGCACCAAGCAUUGAAUGUGAGAUAAAUGGUGAGCGUUCUGCAGGCUUGGCCACCCCAGAAAAUGAUGAAAUUGUUGGGGAGGAUGAAGAGGAGGAGGAUGACGACGUAGAAGGAAAAGAAAAACACAAAAGCCCUGUUGCAACAGAAGCAGAUGCCCAGAUGCCCACAGCAACAAUUGCUGUAGAGCAAGUGUCUUAAUAUGUAUGAUUGAAGAGCAUCAAUUCUAGUUUACAAAUCUUUCUUUUCUGCCUAAAGUUUCAAGAUUUUUGAACACCCAGUAUGCCCAAAUCAUCAUUCGCCUUAAACAGUCUUGGUUUCUUGCCCAUUACCCAUUGUUAUCAUCACAGUAAACCAGAAUACACAACACAAACCAUUAUACUCUAAAAGUGUUCUCUAGUCAUCCAUCCUUGGACCAAUUUACUCAAGAUAGCCAUUCCUGGACUGACAGGCUCACCAUCCUUGGACCAAAAUAUUAUGGUCGUCCAUUCCUGGUUUAAUGUACCCAAGUUGUCCAUCUUUGGACCAACAUAAUCGAGGUGCCCAUCCUUGGACUAUCCUUUUACAUAUCCUUUGAUUAUCACCAGCCAUGUCUAAAAAAAAAAAACAAAAAAAAAAAAAAAACCUUGUAGAGUCGACAUGAGCAAGGUUAACCACUAGACCUCACUGUGUAUCCGAAUCCAGUGCAAGUGCUUCCUAAACCCUGUAAAAGUGUUGUCUAAAGAAUGCAACAUUGCACCAAUACACCAUCACUCAUUCCAAUCAACGGGUGCCCACCUCUUCAAUAGCAGUACAUCUCCAGGGCACUGGGCCAACUAUCUCCUUCCUGCUCUGUUUGUCUGUCUCUGGAGCUCUCUUCCUCACUGACAAAUAGCCUCUUUGUUCUUUGUGUUUUUUUUUUGUUUUUUUGGUGAAAAAUAGUAAAUCUUUGGCAACAGAGGUCCUGCCCACAGCCUGUUUGAGGCAGUGUGUUGCCUUGGUUGUGCAAGAGUUGGAAUGAGGACUUUCUGGGUUUAAAGUAAGACGGUCCUGGAGUGUUUUGUAGUGAACUAGAGGUUUACUGAUUUCAUUUGGACCUGUGCUGAAAAAAAAAUCCCAGAUCUUAGAUUAAAAUUGCACCAUCUUUUCAAUGUUUUUGUUGCUUCUAUCAGGAUGUCUAACUUGUUAUUCGUGAUUUGAUAACCAUCGUAGAACACAUCUAUUAAAGGUGGAAAAUCAAAGUAUUUUAGUGAAUGUGAUUGCCAAUUGAGUAACAAUAAAACAUCACAAAGGCUGAAAAUUUGGAUACAUAUGUAUAUAUUUUUAGUAGUCAUGUUGCGGAUUACACAAAUCAAAAUCUGAAAGGCAAAAUCUAAAAUGAUUUCUAGUUACCAGUUUACAUGUCUGUGUUCAAUCAUACUGACACAACUGAAGGACAGCGAAGCAGGAUGGAAGCUGCUUUAGAUUGACACGAAUAAACCUACUGAUUUAAAUACUAACGUUCUAAAUGUUAGAAUUACUCCCCUUUGCCUUGUCUGCAAGACAACUGUGUAUGUUUAUGUACAGAAAUUAUCUUCAAUCUUUUUACGUAAGGUCACACUGCUCUCUGUAUUUAGAGCAUAUAAACCAUAAAUUAGUACAUCUAAGAUAACCGCCUUAAAUGUGUGUAUACUUUAUAAAGUUCAAGUUGUAUCUGUGAUUUUUUUUAAAUUACAGUAUGACACUCGGGUGUUUGUAAGUUGUCUUUUUCUUUCAGGCAUCCAUAGACUACAUUUUAAAUAUUUUCGUAGUACACUAUGUUGAAGACAACAACAAUAUCAGGGCUCCAUCACAAAGUCCCCUCCUCCUAGACACACACACACACACACACACACACACACACACACACACACACACACACACACACACACACAUACAGUGCCUUUACAUGCACAAGCUGGUAGGAGUUUUUGCACUCCUAAGAGAAAUGUUUCCUAUCUCUUUGUAGAUUAGAAUGAUAGUUGAGCAUGUCUGGAAGCGUGCAUGUUUUUCCUUUUCCUGAGGAAUGCAUGCUACUUUUAUUUUAUGGUGAAAAGUUAAUACCAGCUGCAAAAAAUAAAACAGUGCAAUUGAGCUUAAAUGAAGUUCAAAAUGAAUUCACAAUUAGAUUUGAAAGUCAUCCUUGCAUUUUAUGGCCCUGACUCCCUAAAUAUAAUCUAGCAAGAGAUUCCAGGCACCAGGUAUCCAGAAGAUCCAACAGAGGUCAAGGGGUGGAUUAAAGCAGAGGACAGCAUUCCUAGCUUUGACGGAUUGCUCCUGCUCGGCACAUUUUUCAUGGUCUUGGCCCUACUUGUUGAGACAACGCAGGGCCACAGGUGUUCUUCUGCCCCCGUGGAGGCUCCUGGGCAUGAGUUUGUAGUGAAAGAAGGACAAAGUGUGAGUGCUGGAAGUGUGAGAAAGAUCUUGAGUUAUUUGGAAAGGAUGAUAAAAGAACUUCUUCAAAGUUGCCUCAGGGUUAGGCAUAUAGGUACAGCUUGGCAGAAAGGAGUGAAAAUUUUGAAUGUCUAAAAUGAAUUGUUGAGGGGUUCACAUACUGGUGUCAGUCUCUGCGGGGUUGUAUUACCUAUACGCCCCUAUAUCUACUAUUCUUCUAGAUGAGAUGGAGAAAGGAUUUGAAAAAAAUUUACAAAAAAUAUUGAUUUCUAGCUAUGCAAAACCAGUCUUACUUAAGUUCUAGUAAGCAGGAGAAACUGAGCGCACUUGAAAUAGUCAAAAUAAUCUGAACACUUUCUAUUAAGUAAUUCAUGUCUUAAAAAAAUACCUGCCAGUGUACUUCAUGGGAUCUGUAGGGAGACAACCAAUAAAUAGACAUAACUGAUUGUCAACUGUGUUUAUGAAAUGUGCUUUCUCUAAGGCUUUCUUCAUCUUGAUUCUUAUGUAUAAAUCAUCUCACUUAAAAGGGAUCGAACACUAGGCUUACUGUGUACAUUAUCUGUACUUUAGAGGUUAAAUGUGACCGGCUUUGAGUUUUUUCCUGCCUAAUCAAGCAAAUGUAUUACUUUAGUAAUACUCCUGCCUGCUAAUAUUAAAAAUGAUGCGUCCAGAUUUGUCUAAAAGUCUGAUUUUAUUUGUCUUGAAAUUAACCUGUCUUAUAUUGGUCAUAUGUGAGAACAUAUCCACAUGAUAACCAGGUAGUAAUGUAUCUAUGUUUUAAAAAAAGUUUCUUUAUCCUCGUUCCCUUAGUUAACCCCUUAAACCAAAGAAGUUUCCUUCACAGCAGAAGAUUCCCUUCCACAUGAGUGUUAAUGUUCUCCUCCUGACAUUUGUUUCAAGCAUCUUGUAAACAUGCAGGCGCUUCCUUUCAAACUUGUAGUAUUUUCAUGAUCAAUAAAGGUUUGAUAACAUUCA